AACCUUUCCGGUCUGUCCGCUGGUGAGUUUGCGCCUCCUGCCUGGAGAGAGCGAGAGGUGGAGGAGAGUUCACUUUCCUGGAGUUUAAGGUCUGGUGUCGGAGUCCGUCUGGAGCGAAGCGGUUGUUUGUGGCCAGGCACGAAGCCCCUGUACCCGGAGCCAAGAUGCUGAACAUGUGGAAGGUCAGGGAGAUGGUGGACAAAGCAACCAACGUGGUGAUGAAUUACUCAGAGUUAGAAUCUAAAGUCAGAGAGGCCACCAAUGACGAUCCCUGGGGACCAUCCGGACAGCUGAUGACUGAAAUCUCAAGGUCCACUUUCAUGUAUGAGCAGUUUCCAGAGGCAAUGAACAUGCUGUGGACCCGCAUGUUGAGAGACAACAAGAAGAACUGGAGGAGAAUCUACAAGUCUCUGCUGCUGCUGGCCCAUCUAAUCAGGAAUGGAUCAGAGCGGGUUGUAACUAGUACCAGGGAACAUCUGUAUGACCUGAAAUCAUUACAAAGCUACCAUUUUGUAGAUGAGAAUGGGAAGGACCAGGGUGUGAACGUGCGUCAGAAGGUGAAGGAGCUGGUGGACUUUGUCCAGGACGAUGAGAGGCUGAGGGAAGAACGGAAAAAAGCAAAGAAGAAUAAAGACAAAUACAUCGGGGUAUCCUCGAACAGUAUGGGAUACAGAGGUUACUCGGGAGACAGGUACGACACGGGCGAGAACCAAGGAAAGUGGGAUGACGACUGGGAUAGGAGUAAAGGGCAGUUCCCAUUCAGCGAGAAGUUUGGAGAGAUAAGCGACAAAAUUGGCAGCACCAUAGAUGACACCAUCAGCAGAUUUAGAAAGAAGGAGAGAGACGACUCACCAGAUCAAUUUAGCAGUGACCCCGAAGAGGAGCGGGGUCGCUCAUCUCAAAACGGCCAGUCUGGAAAAGAGUUCAAAGAUGAAGAGACUGUUACCACCAAGAGCGUACAGAUAGUUCAAGCAACAGAGACAACGGCAACACGCAAAAGAGGGGGCCCCUCCAAGAAAGUUGACUUGGGGGCUGCAGCCCACUACACAGGAGACAGAAGCCCGAGCACCCCCACCAAACAGCCCCAGCCAGCAGCAGCUGCAGCAGCUGCCCCUCAGCCUUCCAGUAGCGGCCUAGCUGACCUACUAAUGGUGGACCCAACACCGAGCCAGCCCACUGCCACAGACCUUUUCGGGGGAUUUGCUGACUUUUCUUCACCUGCUGCUUCUGUACUCCUCUCCUCAGGAUAUGCAACACCAGCCUCUAACAGCAAUGGAGACUUUGGAGAGUGGAAUGCCUUCCCCGGAGGUCAGAUGCCAGUAUCUGGUCAGACUGCCGACACCAGCACAAAUGACCUCUUUGGCACCAUUACAGCAGUUCCUGCCACUGUCACGGCACCCGUCCCAGUCUCAGCUCCCGCCUCGGCAGACCUGUUUGAUUUGAUGGGUCCAACUCAGACCCUCAACUCCUCCCAGAGCCUCAACUUUAGCAUGAGCAGCACACAGAGCAUGAGCAGCACAAUGCUGCCCCAGUCUGCAUCGCAGCCCCUCCAGAACAUGGGGGGUUCACUACAGCUGCAGCCUCUCCAGCCCUUCCAGUCUGUGCAGCAGGGAAUGGCCUCUCAAGGUGCUGGAGCCAUAGCGUCCCUCCCAUCCACCUGGUCGGACCACUCUGUUAACAUCAGCCUGGAUUUCUUGGGGCCAGGAAUUCAUCCCUCCAAGCCGAACCAUCCCAGUCUUAACACUCUCCAACAAGGUAACCAGGGAAACAUACUCUCUCAAGGAGUUUCUAGCAUGAGUCUUGGAACUACAGCAGUGAGACCGCCCGUAAAUCCCAUGAUGCACCCUGGUGCUGGAAUGGGCAUGGGAAUGGGAAUGGCUAUGACCCCCAACCAGAGUAUGAUGGCUAUGGGCAUGAACAUGGGGAUGCCACAGGGAGGUAUGACGAUGGGGAUGAAUCCUGGAAUGGUCCAACAGCCCAAACAUGAUGCCUUUGCUGACUUCGGCAACUUUGGAAAGUGAUGGAGCUUGAGAGCAAAGAUUGUCAGGAGGAGCAGUGUGGGUUUCUUUCUUUCUAUCUAUCUCUCCCUCUCUGUCUUUCUCUCUCCGUCCAUUGGUGAAGGAUUGUUAUGAGCUGCAAACAAAGAGUACUUGAAUAAUGUCAAUUAUUAUAUUACCAACACCCUGCAAUCUCCUUCUUUUGAAAGUAAUGCCGCAUAGUGAUAAAGGUCUAAGUGUGUGUGUGUGCACGCGUGUGAGUGCUGUUUGAACCAAUGAUGGACCAGGUCUGGGCUGGUGGUCAAACACACACACUGAUAGUGUGCCUUGAGUUAGUGAUGAAUUGGUCAGAAGAAGGUGUGUGCCAGCGUGAGAAUGUCAGAGGUAUUUGCUUUAUAACCUCAAUCAAAUGAAAACCGGAAUAGCAAAAAAAAUUUAAAAAAACUAUAUCCAUAGCUGAAUAAUUUUUUUACUUCACUGUAUGGUGACUUUGGAUAACAUGAUCCUCCAUUUUAACUUUCUAAUGUAGUACAAUUUCAGAUUUACAAGUUACCUCUUUUUUGUCCUCGUUCUUCCUUUGACCUGUAAAUAUAAGUCCGGAGCCCUUAAAAAUAAGUUAUGAAGUUCCUAAUAGAAGAAGCAGUGACAAUGUGAAGGGUUGUAUCCUAAAGACCAAACGUGAUCUGACUUAAGACCUAUAACAAAGCACAUUGACACCUUCUCUUUGUACAUAAGUGUCCACACACUCCGGAUGUGGCUGUUAUAUUCCUUUACAGUGAUCUGUCGGCAGCGCUGCAGUAACGAGUGUUUGGAGUGAAAGCUGUUGAUUAAUAUGUAGGAGUUUUUCCUCGAACAGCCAAUUAUUUUGUGGCCUUUCAUUUUGAUAUACAUAAAUAUAUAUCUAUAUAUUUUAUCUAAGAGAAAUAUUAUAAUCAGUUUGCAUCCAAAUGAGAUAAUCAGUAGGUAGAAAGAGCCUCAUACAGUGGGUUGUGGGUUCAUUAUUACAGCACAGAGUGCCUGAGAGACCUUUGCCUUUUUCUCUUCAGUUCCCCUCUUGGAGGAGACAAUGCGAGUGUUCAGUGUUGAGGACAGUGACAGGAACAGAGAUUCUGUAUGAUGUACAAAAAUGUGUUUGUACUUGCACCUCAAGCCAAGUUUGCUGUCUGUAGAUUAGUUUUUUUUCCAUAUCUUUAUUCAAGUGCAUGGUCUUUAGGUUGGAGAGCAGGACUUACUGAUUUCACAUUCAGAUAUUGCAAUCUUUUCACUCAAAACCCUGCGCUUGAAGCUGGAGUAUCGGCACUCUGAGGUGCACAGUUGGAGCGCAAGCAGAGCAAAUGUGAGCACGAGCAGGGGCUAUUUGAGUGCAAGUGCAUGGUUUUGUGUGAAAGCAUUAGAUAAUCUGAAUGUGAGAUCAACAAGUCUAGCUUCCAAACUGAAAAACCACACCAUAAAGAUAGUAGAAAACAUUUGUACAGAUAUCAGAUGCAGCUGUGUGAACGUUUAAUUUGCUCUGUCCCAUACACAUCUGUAUUGUUCGGGCCAGUUAUUACUUCAGUUGUCGAGGAAAGUGGCACCUCCAGUGUUGAUGCAGACUGAGAGAUGAUACCACACAUCUCUCUGUCGUCUAUUUAAAUGUUCCAACGGUGCAUCUUGGAUAAUGCUCCCUCCUCACUUUCCAUCUUCAUUAAUAUUACACAUUAAACACAACAGUCUUGAAAACAUUGUCAUUAGUCCAAGUCUAUAUGUGUUGUGACUCAUCAGGUACAGAGAACUGUGAAAUGAAAGAGAGGCAGUUGAAGUAGGUUAAUUGUGGUUGGAUGAGGAUGUGUUGUGUAACAGACAAUGAAGAAACUUGUUCAGCUGUACAGCAGCUACGUGAUCUGUGAGAUUCAAGUGCCUGCCGACAGUUGCCUCCUGACCCUUGUAAUGAGCGAUUGAUAAUAAGUAACUCUCGGCUGCCUGACAUAUUUUGUAUGUCAACGAUGAGCUGAAUAAUUCACCAGCCAGAGGAGCAGGCGGUGGAGUCUGUUGCCCCAGGAGAAUAGAAGUUGUGCUUCCCUUCUCUCCGAGGGCUCGACAAGCUGAGCACACUAACACAGAGUAGCCUUGCAUUGGAAUCUGACGCAUUAAAAUGACCAAAAUCUGUUUGUUGUUUUAUUCAACUAUUUCAGUAGAUUGUUUUAUGCAUUUUUUUUUUUUUUUUUUUUACAUUAAAUCGUUUUGAUCUUGUCGAAAAUGGGAUUGUUACUGAGACACUAGUAUAUGCAAAUGUACAAAAAAGAUUGAAAAUCCUUUUAGAGAAAAUACAUUUUGCAUCAUUCCCAUUUUGAUUUACACAUCGAUAUUCUUUAUCUACAACAUUAAACAGUUGAUUGAAA